GUCCUGCGCCGAGCGCCGCCGCGGGCGGGAGGGAGUGAAGGCCGGUGCGGCGCAGCUCGGGAGAGGCAGCGGCGCCCAGCGCCCCCGACCCGCCGGGCAGCGGCGGCCGGAGCGGAGCCCGGUGUCCCGGAGCCGCCAUGGCCUCGCAGAACGCUGACCCCGCCGCCGUGCCCAGCGCCGCCGCCCGCAAAGCGGCUGAGGCGGGAGCCACGGCGGCCCGCGGCGCUGUCGGGAAGAGGCUGCAGCAAGAGCUGAUGGCGCUCAUGAUGUCUGGUGAUAAAGGCAUUUCCGCCUUCCCUGAGUCCGACAACCUCUUCAAAUGGAUUGGGACCAUCGACGGCGCCGCUGGCACGGCCUACGAGGAGCUGCGGUACAAGCUGUCCCUGGAGUUCCCCAGUGGAUACCCCUACACUGCGCCCACCGUGCGGUUCCUGACACCCUGUUACCACCCCAACGUCGACACCCAGGGCAACAUCUGCCUUGACAUCCUCAAGGACAAGUGGUCGGCCCUCUACGACGUGCGCACCAUCCUGCUCUCCAUCCAGAGCCUGCUGGCAGAGCCAAACAUUGAGAGCCCCCUGAACACACAUGCUGCUGAGCUCUGGAAGAACCAAACUGCCUACAAGAAGUACGUGCGGGAGACAUAUGCCAAGCAGGCCAAGAGCCAGGAAACCUGACCCCCUGUGUCCCCUCUGCCCCUUGCAGCCGGGUCUCUGCCCAUCCCUUGUCCAGCCACUCCCCUGGAUUUCUGUAUCAUAGGCUAGUUUUAAGUUAAUUUUGCGGUCCGAGCCACGGUUAAUGUAUAAAUAAAUGCAUGCUUAUAACUUU